GCUCGGCUGCCGGAAGCGGAAGUAGACGAGCGGCCGCUCGCCGGGCUGUUCCCUUGCGAGGCCCGCGAGGGAGCCGAGCCGCGGCACAGGCGCGUGUCCGCUUCUCACUGGCGCAACCGUCGCCGCCCCGCCCCGCCCCGGCGUCGUCGCAGGCGUCGCGGUGGAGCGAGCGCGCCCGGCCGGGGGAUUUGCUGCAGAAUGGGCCUUCUGGUUGUCCUAGCUGGACUGUGGCUGUGCUCCUCAGUCAAGGCAGAUUCCAAAGCCAUCACGACCUCUCUUACCACGAAAUGGUUUUCCACUCCCUUGUUGUUAGAAGCCAGUGAGUUUUUAGCAGAAGACAGUCAAGAAAAAUUUUGGAAUUUUGUAGAAGCCAGUCAAAAUAUUGGAUCACCAGACCAUCACGGUAGUGAUUUUUCCUACUAUCAUGCAAUAUUGGAAGCUGCAUUUCCGUUUCUAUCACAUCUACAGCAGAAUUUGUUGAAAUUUUGUCUGUCUCUGCGUUCCUACUCGGCUACAAUUCAAGCCUUCCAACAGAUAGCAGCAGAUGAACGUCCCCCGGAAGGAUGCUCCUCCUUUUUCUCAGUGCAUGGGAAGAAGACGUGCGAUGCUGACACUCUGGAGAAUCUUCUGAUCGCAGCAUCUGGGAGACCCAAACCCUUAUUGUUCAAAGGAGACCACAGAUACCCCUCCUCUAAGCCUGAAAGCCCAGUGGUGAUUUUUUAUUCUCAGAUCGGCUCUGAAGAAUUUUAUAAGUUGCAUCAGCACCUGGUAGCCAGCAGCAAUGCCGGCAGAAUCAAUUAUGUGCUCAGACACUACAUAUCUGACCUGAGGAAGGAGCCCGUCUAUCUCUCCGGCUAUGGCGUGGAGCUGGCCAUCAAGAGCACUGAGUACAAGGCCAAGGAUGAUACUCAGGUGAAAGGAACUGAGGUAAAUACCACAGUGAUCGGUGAAAAUGAUCCCAUUGAUGAGGUUCAAGGAUUUCUCUUUGGAAAAUUAAGAGAGCUGCACCCUGACCUGAGCGGACAGUUGAAAGAACUUAGGAAGCACCUGGUCGAGAGCACUAAUGAAAUGGCGCCGCUGAAAGUCUGGCAGUUGCAAGACCUGAGUUUCCAGACUGCUGCCCGAAUCUUGGCUGCUCCCACUGAGUUAGCUUUGGUGGUUAUGAAGGAUCUUAGUCAAAACUUUCCUACCAAAGCCAGAGCAAUAACAAAAACACCUGUGAGUUCAGAACUUAGAACCGAAGUGGAAGAGAACCAGAAGUAUUUCAAGGGAACUUUAGGAUUACAGCCUGGAGAUUCGGCGCUGUUCAUCAAUGGACUUCAUAUUGACUUAGAUACACAGGACAUAUUCAGUUUAUUUGAUGUAUUGAGGAAUGAAGCCCGGGUUAUGGAGGGCCUGCACAGGUUGGGAAUUGAAGGUCUUUCUCUGCAUAAUGUUUUGAAACUGAACAUCCAGCCCUCUGAGGCAGACUAUGCUGUGGAUAUCAGGAGUCCUGCGAUUUCAUGGGUUAACAACCUGGAGGCGGACAGCAGAUACAGUUCCUGGCCUUCUAGUCUGCAGGAGUUGCUCCGGCCCACCUUUCCUGGUGUUAUCCGGCAGAUCAGGAAAAACCUGCAUAACAUGGUCUUUAUAGUUGAUCCUGCUCAUGAGACCACAGCAGAGCUGAUUAACACGGCUGAGAUGUUCCUCAGUAACCACAUACCACUGAGGAUUGGCUUUAUCUUUGUGGUUAAUGACUCUGAAGAUGUGGAUGUGAUGCAGGAUCCUGGAGUGGCCAUCCUGAGAGCUUACAAUUAUGUCGCCCAAGAAGUGGAUGAUUACCAUGCCUUCCAGACACUGACAAGUAUCUACAACAAAGUGAGGACUGGUGACAAAGUGAAAGUCGAGCACGUGGUCAGUGUGCUGGAGAAGAAAUACCCGUAUGUGGAGGUCAAUAGCAUCUUGGGGAUGGAUUCCGCUUACGAUCAGAAUCGAAAGGAUGCAAAGGGCUACUAUGAGCAGACUGGAGUCGGGCCGCUGCCGGUCGUCCUGUUUAAUGGCAUGCCUCUUGAAAAGGAGCAGCUUGAUCCUGAUGAGUUGGAAACCAUCACAAUGCACAAGAUUCUGGAGACCACAAGUUUUUUCCAGAGAGCAGUGUACUUGGGUGAACUGUCCAAUGAUCAGGAUGUAGUGGAGUAUAUCAUGAACCAGCCAAACGUCGUUCCACGAAUCAAUUCUAGGAUUUUGACAGCUGAUCGAGAAUACCUGGAUUUAACGGCAACUAAUAACUUUUUUGUGGAUGAUUAUGCAAGAUUCACUGUUUUGGAUUCCCAAGACAAGACUGCGGCUGUCGCCAACAGUAUGAGCUAUCUGUCAAAGAAAGGAAUGUCCUCCAAGGAAAUCUAUGAUGAUUCUUUCAUUAGGCCAGUAACUUUUUGGAUCGUGGGAGAUUUUGAUAGCCCUUCUGGAAGACAAUUGUUAUACGAUGCUAUUAAGCAUCAGAAAUCCAGUAACAAUGUGCGAAUAGGCAUGAUCAAUAAUCCCAGUGAAGAUAUAAGCUAUGAGACCACGCGGGUCUCUAGAGCAAUCUGGGCUGCUCUCCAGACUCAGACCUCCAACUCUGCCAAGAACUUCAUCACAAAAAUGGCCAAGGAGGAGACAGCAGAGGCCUUGGCUGCUGGAACUGAUGUUAGAGAGUUCUCCGUUGGGGGCAUGGAUUUCAGUCUUUUUAAAGAGGUCUUUGAAUCUCCCAAAAUGGAUUUCCUUUUGUCUCAUGCCAUCUACUGCAGGGAUGUCCUGAAGCUGAAGAAGGGACAGAGGGCAGUGGUCAGCAAUGGACGGAUUAUUGGGCCACUGGAGGAUAAUGAACUCUUUAAUCAAGACGACUUCCAUCUCCUGGAAAAUGUCAUCGUAAAAACAUCUGGACAGAAAAUCAAGUCUCAUAUUCAACAGCUUCGGGUAGAAGAGGAUAUGGCAAGCGACUUGGUCAUGAAGGUGGAUGCUCUUCUGUCAGCUCAGCCAAAAGGAGACGCAAGAAUUGAGUACCAGUUAUUUGAAGACAGACACAGUGCAAUUAAACUGAGACCAAAGGAGGGGGAGACGUACUUUGACGUUGUGGCUGUGAUUGAUCCUGUCACCAGGGAGGCACAGAGACUUGCACCGUUGCUCUUGGUUUUAACUCAGCUCAUCAACAUGAAUUUGAGAGUAUUUAUGAACUGCCAAUCUAAACUUUCCGACAUGCCUUUAAAAAGCUUUUACCGUUACGUCUUAGAACCAGAGAUUUCGUUCACAUCUGAGAAUAGCUUUGCUAAGGGUCCAAUUGCAAAAUUUUUGGAUAUGCCGCAGUCUCCUUUGUUUACUCUGAAUUUGAACACACCUGAGAGUUGGAUGGUAGAGUCUGUGAGAACACCAUACGAUCUUGAUAAUAUUUAUUUGGAAGAGGUGGACGGCGUCGUGGCUGCUCAGUAUGAGCUGGAGUACCUGCUGCUCGAAGGCCACUGCUACGACAUCACCAGCGGCCAGCCCCCACGAGGGCUGCAGUUCACGCUGGGCACAUCGGUGGACCCUGUCAUUGUCGAUACCAUUGUGAUGGCCAACCUGGGCUACUUUCAGUUAAAGGCCAAUCCAGGGGCUUGGAUUCUCAGACUCAGGAAGGGACGUUCUGAAGAUAUUUAUAGAAUAUACAGCCAUGACGGCACCGACUCUCCGCCUGACGCAGAUGAAGUCGUUGUCGUUCUCAACAACUUUAAGAGCAAAAUCAUCAAAGUCAAGGUUCAGAAGAAAGCAGACAUGUUGAAUGAAGACUUGCUGAGUGACGGGACAAAUGAGAAUGAAUCUGGAUUUUGGGAUUCGUUCAAAUGGGGCUUUUCUGGAGGACAGAAGACUGAAGAAGUCAAGCAAGAGAAAGAUGACAUGAUCAAUAUAUUCUCUGUUGCAUCCGGUCAUCUCUAUGAACGAUUUCUUCGCAUAAUGAUGCUCUCAGUACUGAAGAACACCAAGACUCCUGUGAAAUUCUGGUUCCUGAAGAAUUACUUGUCUCCCACAUUUAAGGAGUUUAUACCUUACAUGGCAAAUGAAUACAAUUUCCAGUAUGAGCUUGUUCAGUACAAGUGGCCCCGGUGGCUCCAUCAGCAGACUGAAAAGCAGCGCAUCAUCUGGGGCUACAAGAUCCUCUUUCUCGAUGUGCUGUUCCCGCUGGUUGUUGACAAGUUCCUGUUUGUGGACGCUGACCAGAUUGUUCGAACGGAUCUAAAAGAGUUAAGAGAUUUCAACUUGGAUGGCGCCCCUUAUGGCUAUACUCCUUUCUGUGACAGCCGGAAAGAAAUGGAUGGCUACAGGUUUUGGAAGUCGGGAUACUGGGCCAGUCAUCUAGCUGGAAGAAAGUAUCAUAUCAGUGCACUCUAUGUCGUGGAUCUUAAGAAGUUCAGGAAAAUAGCUGCCGGUGACAGACUCCGGGGCCAGUAUCAAGGCCUAAGUCAGGACCCUAACAGCCUUUCCAAUCUUGAUCAGGAUUUACCCAACAACAUGAUCCAUCAGGUGCCAAUCAAGUCACUCCCUCAAGAGUGGCUUUGGUGUGAGACGUGGUGUGAUGACGCCUCUAAGAAAAGAGCGAAAACCAUCGACCUGUGUAAUAACCCGAUGACCAAAGAGCCCAAGCUAGAAGCAGCUGUUCGAAUUGUGCCGGAGUGGCAGGACUACGAUCAGGAGAUCAAACUGCUACAGAUCCGCUUUCAGAAGGAGAAGGAAAUGGGAGCGCCGAAUAAUGAGUCAGGCCGGGAAGGACCUCAGAAACAUGAAGAGUUAUGAUCUUCAAAGGAAGACAGGAAAUAGCACCAUUUGCAAAACAAACACUUUUUAUAUUAAAUGCUAGAUUUUUUUUCUGAUCUGCCUACACAACUGCUGACCCUCUGGCGAGCAGGUGUGCUCCGCAGCGGAUUCUGAACAUCGAUGCUGAUGCCUGCCGCACCCACUGGCUCUGGAUCUCGGGGAAGAGACUCUCUUGGAUUCAUACCUCAGAGGAAGACGAUGGGGCUGAUUUCUGGGGACUCUGCAAAGAGCAGCUGUCUCUCUAGGAGAGAAGAGUGCCAGAAGCAGCUGGAGGAGAGCCGUCCCGCGGCACCCACCCCGGGCCGUACACGCACUGUGCUGACUCGGGGAGCUCGCCCGUUGCAGCCGCCAUCUCCCUUACCUCAGUUUUCUGGCCACAGAGCCGGGUUGCUGGUACCGCCCUGCAGAGGCUCUGUUCAGGCCCGCACGCCUGGAGGCUUCCGCCAGUGCUCCCGUGCCCUUCCCGCAUCCUCCUCCCCAAGCAUCAGGUUCACUGCUGAAUCAAAGCCCAGCCGAUAAUCAUGUGUCUCCGAGUUGGCCCCCCAGCAAAUUUGGGGCCUGGGUGGGUGGGGGGUCAAUCAGGGUGAAUGGGGGAAAAUGUUGGGGUGUGGGGUGGGGAAGGUGAGGAUGGCCAGAAAUUGGCUGUUCCCUUUUUAUAAACUAUCACUCUCCUUGUGACAAAUCGGAAAUGAAAAGCAUCAUUCUUUGUUUCUCCAGCCCCCGCGACCUUUCUAGGUAAUUGUUUUGUAAACGAUUUUUGUAUCUGUGAAA